UUGAUCGCAAUCUAUCUAGCGAUACUCGACGAAUAUCAAGAGCAACCCCACUUACUGGAUCCUCAUUUAGAAUCCCUCACGAAUAUCCUAUUGGAUCAAAUCAGAAAUGGUGACAAUAAUGAUGAUCAGAUCAACCUUGCUUUCAAAUACAUCCAUUGGAUAUCAAAGGUGCGAGGAUAUAAGCAUGUGGCACGAUUAUUUCCACAUGAAGUACCUGAUUUAGAGCCUGUACUGCAGUUACUUAUGAAACAAGACAAGAAUGAUGCCGAGCACUGGCAAAGUAGAUACAUCUUGCUACUGUGGCUUUCUGUUGUAUGUAUGGUUCCAUUUGACAUGGCACGAUUCGAUGGCACUAGGGAUGAAAGACCUAUUAUAGAACGUAUUAUGGAUACAGCCAAUAUGUAUCUAACCGUAUCAGACAAAUCAAGAGAUAUGGCUGGCAUCGUUCUUGCAAAGUUUUUAUCACGCCCUGAUGUUCGAGAUAGAAAAUUAGAUACUUUUAUGAAGACAUUAUUACAAAAGUCAAAAGAAGUUGAUGUUACCUUAAUGACAGGCAUGGUAGAAUUAAGCGGGUAUUUAUCUGUCCUUGCUUUAAUAUAUAAGCACGGGAAGAGAACUGAUGUACUUCCAUAUGCUAAAGCAGUUCUCGAUACUGUGAUUUCAUUAAAUUUAAUGGAAAGUAGUAACACAUUACUAAGAAAAUAUAGUAUCAAGAUUAUCCAGCGUAUAGGAUUGGCCUUUUUGAAGGCACGGAUUGCUUCCUGGAGAUAUAAAAGGGGUACCAGGACGCUGUUAAAUCUGAAAGAAACUUCAGAUAAGGUAUUGACAGAUAUUUCAAUAUCUAAUAAUGAGGAUGUACCAGUCGAUGAUGAGGAAUACGACGUUCCAGAAGAAAUCGAAGAUAUUUUAGAACAAUUGCUAAGUGGCUUGAAAGAUAAAGACACUGUUGUACGAUGGUCAGCUGCGAAAGGUGUUGGAAGAGUUACCGGAAGAUUGCCUCUAGAACUUGCUGACGAAGUCGUCGAUUCAAUAUUACGUCUAUUUAACUUGGGCGAAGGUGAUGGUGCUUGGCAUGGUGGUUGUUUGACCUUAGCCGAGCUUGGUAGGAGAGGUUUACUGUUGCCUGAACGUCUUAAACAGGUUGUUCCUGUUGUUAAGAAAGCACUGAUAUAUGACGUUAAAAGGGGAUCUUAUAGUGUUGGUUCUCACGUAAGAGAUGCGGCUUGUUAUGUAUGUUGGGCAUUCGCUAGGGCUUACGAGCCGAAUGAUAUCAAACCAUACGUUACUGAUAUUGCUAGUGCGUUAGUAAUCGUUUCUGUCUUUGAUCGAGAAGUGAACUGCCGAAGAGCUGCCUCUGCUGCCUUCCAAGAAAACGUAGGUCGACAGGGAACCUUUCCGCACGGAAUAGAUGUCAUCACAGCAGCUGAUUUCUUCUCCAUUGGCCAUCGUGUAAAUGCUUAUCUAAAUGUUAGUGUAAAUUUAGCGCAGUGUGAAGAAUAUACGAUACCCCUUAUUGACCAUCUGUUGCAAACUAAGAUUAGCCAUUGGGACAUUCAAAUCCGUUGCUUGACUGCAUCCGCGUUACAUAACUUAACUCCAAAGGCUCCUGAGCAUGUCAGAAAUAACGUCUUACCGCAGCUAUUAUCGCAAGUAAAUUCUAUCGAUGUAUUUAAACGUCAUGGAAGUCUAGUUGCUGUAGCUGAGAUCAUUUUUGCCUUUCAUAACCUUGCAAUUUCCGAAAAUAAAUCGAUAUCACAGUUUAUUGAUCGACAUGUUCUUGAUGAACUUAAGAAAACUACUAUACAGGUAACAGCGAUAUGUAUGUUAAUGGCUGUAGGUGGAGACCUAAUGAGAUCUGCGGUGUGCCGAUUGAUUGAAAGGAUUUCGCAAUCGAAACUUUCCUAUUAUGACGAUCCUGUCAUAGAUACUUGGCAAAAUCUUAUUAAAGAUGCUCUUGCAUAUACGGACUCAGAAGUUAGAAACAAAGCCGCAUUGGCUUUGCAUGCUUUAACGGCUGAAUACUAUCAAAACAAAGAUGGAUCGGUAAAAGUAGAUAAGAGAGGUAACAUUCAGAAACAUAAUGAUCUAAGCAGCCAUAGCAAAGUGUACGAAUAUUAUUCAUCUGGAUUUAUAAAGGCUGUAGGCUGUUUGCCAAAGUUGUUAAUAAGUGAUAGAUUAAGUCAGAUACUAAAUAAUGUGAUAAAGGCUACAUUGAUUAGAAAACCAAUUGAUGCUAAGCUAUCUGAAACCCGAGCUGAAGCAGUCACUGCUCUAACAAAUAUCUUUUCUACCGUUGGCGUACAAAAGUUUGGUAAUAUAGAGCAGUGUUUCUGCCUGGAUAAUAUUCCUAGCGCCUAUAAUGCUCUACUAACAGCCCUUAAUGACUAUACCAUUGACAGUAGAGGUGAUGUUGGAGCAUGGGUACGAGAAGCAGCCAUGGGAGCAGUUGAAGUCUUCACUUCUCUAAUAGUCAAGCAUGAUGCUUCACUUCUAAAUCCAGAAACAGUUAAGAAAAUAUUUAAUAAUUUAUUACAACAAGCAUCAGAAAAAAUUGAUAGAACGCGUGACAUAGCCGGCAGAACAAUGUUAAACCUUUUAUAUCAUGAACCAACUAUUCCUCAUAUACCACACUUUGAAGAACUGAAGGAAAUUUUUCCUGAGACUGACAUUCGCUUUUUAAAUUGGACUUCUGCCUCAUUGGCAUUUUCACGGACCGUCCGUACUUUAUCCCUGAUGUCUUAUAAAUAUCACGCUUUGCUAGGCUUGAUCGUUAGCGUUGGUGGUUUGACGGAGUCAUUGGUAAUACAAACAUUUUGA